UACAAGUUAGUGGGUCGCGGGAGUCGCGUCUCGGGAAUUAGCUGUUAGUGCGUCACAAUUCCUCGUAAUCACAUGCUAUGGCUAAUUCUCAAGAUGCUUAUUACCUCUCCCUGCUAGCACUGGCCGAGAUGUUUCGAACCCAGGAACCAGCUAAUAUCAAGAGCUGCUUGCAGUGCCUCCAGGCUGUGCUAACCUUCCGCCCCCCACCCAAAGUGGAGGCUCGCACACACCUGCAGCUGGCGAACCUUCUCAUACAUUAUACAAACAACACAGAGCUGGCUCGGGACCACCUGGAACAGGCAUGGACCUUAUCCAUGAAUAUUGCUGGGUUUGAUGAUGUACGAUUUGAAGCUGCAAGUGAGCUAGCAAAAUUGUACGAACACAACCGAGGUGCUAGUAAUGCCAAAUCUUUACUGCACCGGGCAAUCGAGUUAUCUCGGCAAAGUGUGUAUUGGCACUGUCGUUUAAUCUUUCAAACAGCUCAAUUAGGGCUGUCGGAAUUUGAUUAUGCAACCGCUGGUGGCCUUUUACAAAUGGGCCUUGAGUACUGUCAUAUCCAGGAUGUUGGCUACACACAGUUACUAUUCCUUCUAAGCAAAAUUAUGGUGAUGCUGUUGGAGGGUCGUGGAGCUGCAGAAGUGCAGACCUUACUUGCUCAAGCCAACCAGAAGGUGGAACAAUAUAAUGGGCCCCAAGGACAAAAGGAACACCUCAGGGUAUUCUACCUUGUGCUGCUUGUGUGUCACAACCUCAACAGUGGGCAGGUGAAAAGUGUAAAGCCAGCACUCAAGCAGCUGCAGCAGUCUAUACAAAACAUCACUCAACUUUCUGAACAAGAAAUCAUCCCGAGCAGUGGAAGUGAAAUGUUUGCUUGGUUGCCUCGGGAUCAACUGUGUGUGCUGGUCUACCUGGUGUCUGUCAUGCACUCUACGCAGGCAGGUUACAUGGAGAAGGCCCAGAAGUACACAGAUAAAGCUCUUCUGCAGAUUGACAAACUCAAAGCUGAGGAUAAUGCAUCCAUACUGAGCUCUGUACAGCUACUCCUCCUAGAACACAGUGUAAUGUGUCACUUGAUUAUAGGCUCAAAAUCUCAAGCUAUCAAGGAGAUUGCUAAAGUCUGCCAUCUACUUCAGCAGGAUGCCAAACAACUGCAGGCACAUCGUGCACAGUUGCACACCCUGCUUGCUGUGUAUGCCAUGAGCAUGAACAACUCAAAUGCAGCAGAAGUUCAGUUUAAUGCAGCCCUCAGGACCUCGAAAAACAGAGAUCUCUGGAUUUUUGCUAACCUCAACCUUGCUGUGGUAUACUUGAGAUGUCAACGUGAGCGGGACUUUGUUGCUAUCAUGGACAGGAUAAACCCAGACACACUUCCCACACAGUCUCAGAGUCUACGUGCAGCAUCUUUUUAUGUUCAGGGUCUCCAUGCUUUCUUCACGAGUCGUCAUAAUGAUGGCAAACGGUUCCUGCGUGAGUCUCUAAAAAUGGCCAAUGCCGAGGACCUGAACCGCCUGACAUCCUGCUCCUUGGUACUUCUUGGACACAUCUUUCUUGCACUGGGAAAUCCUCGGGAAGCCCACAACAUGGUCACACCAGCUAUGCAGUUGGCUUCCAAGAUUCCAGAUCUUCAUUUGCAACUUUGGUCAUCUGCUAUCCUAAAAGAUUUAUACCGCCAGUUUGGUGAUGUACCGCGUGAACAAGAGAGCAGCCAGAACCACUACAAUUUUUCUCAGACCUUACUUACCGACCAUAUGACUGCAUCUCAACUGCCAGAGCAUCAGCUUAUCACGUGGACAGAGGGACCCUUUCCUCUGCCUUCAAACGAAAAGAUGUAAACAAGUGGAGGGAUCAUAUUAUGGCUGGUGACUUGCAUUGUCUCAUAAUUGAAUAUACAUGUGAGUGUGCAUUCUCUUCUUUUUACAAAAUAUGUGAUAGAUUUGGAUGCA